UUGAGCUUACUCUGAUAACUCUGGUGCUUGUGACUAAUCUGAUGACUCUAAAUGUGAUUUCUUUAUUUCUUUUCAUACAGUGCAUUUUGCACCGUGCUAAGGGAGAACAUUCAACUCACUCACUUCAACAUCCACCUGUGUGAUCAAACAUUGAGAUACAGUUGAGACAACAUGCUGUCAAGUCUUAUUUAUGUAGAUUGACAAAGAAAGAUAAUGUCUGUGGUUUGCCAACUUCCCUCCUCACACAAUCACUAAUACUGCAUCUACUCUGCACACAUUACACAAGGACUUCAAGAACGUCGAAGUAAAGACAGCGUGUGGCUUUUAUAUUCUUCAGGCAGUGCCGAUCAAGAAAGGCGAGAUGAAGCUACAGCUCUUCAUAUUUAGCGUUCUGAAGUAUUUGGUGAUGACCAGUCAGGCAGAAGAAGAAAAUCAGGUGACGACCACAGAGGAAUUUGAUUUCAACGAGUUAUUCUCCAGUGGCAGUACAUUUGAAGAUGCCUCAUCCAUUCCAUGCGAUGUAAAGCCGCCUGCAUUGAAUAGUACAGGCUUGAUGGUCGCCUACAUGAUUGUGUUUGUUUUUGGCAUCAUAGGCAACAGCAUAGUUGUCUGUGUGGUUUGCCAUAUGAAGAAACGCAAAGUCAGCACAGAUAUCUACUUGAUGAACCUGGCAAUAGCAGACCUCCUCUUCUGUCUUACUCUCCCCUUCUCAGCUGUCGAUGUCCACUUUGGUUGGAUCUUUGGUGACUUCCUGUGCAAAGUUCUCUCAGGCUUUCAGGAGGCAUCAGUAUACAGUGGUGUCUUCCUGCUGGCUUGCAUCAGUGUGGACCGUUACUUUGCCAUUGUGAGAGCUACACGUCUCCUGUCCACCCGUCACCUGUUGGUCAAAGGAGUUUGCACUGUUGUGUGGCUGGUGGCUGGAUUGCUGUCCAUACCUGUGGUAAUUAAGAAGGAGAGUAUGUAUGCUGAAGACCUGGACCAGUUAAUAUGCUAUGAAAACCUGACUGGUGAAAGCGGUAACCACUGGAAAGUCAGCAUCCGCAUAAUGCGGCAUACCUUGGGCUUUUUCCUGCCUCUCUUGGUGAUGGCUGUCUGCUACGGCUGGACUGCAAUGGCCUUGUUUCACAUACGUAAUCAGCAAAAACACAAGGCCAUGCGUGUCAUCCUGGCAGUGGUGUUAGCAUUCAUUGUGUGCUGGCUUCCUUAUAAUAUUACUGUCCUGAUUGACUCGCUCAUAAGAGGAGGGUCGCUCAAAGUGGACUCAUGUGAUUCUCGAAACAGAGUCGAAGUGAUUAGAAACGUGACAGAAGUGUUAGCCUUCAUGCACUGUGCCGUGAACCCAAUUCUGUACGCCUUCAUUGGGCAGAAGUUCCGCAACCAGCUGCUCGACACUCUCUACAAACAAGGCCUCAUCAGCAAGAGGCUCCAUAUUGCUUACAGGACGUCAGAGGUCAACAGUUUAGGCAGCAUGAGAUCACGCAACACUUCUGCAUCUACAAUGUAAAGAACCUUGAUGAUAUUUAAAACCCGCAGUUCAUUGAGUAGCCACUUGAGGCUGACUCCAAGGAAGCAAAUUCCCAUAGACCCCCCAUGUUAAAAAUCCCAACUUUACAGUAUUAUUAAUCAUUUUUACAGCCUGGAACAGAAAAACGAUUUUGGUCUCAAUAGUUUAUUUCAAUAUUCAUGACUACCGUACAGGGGGUGAAUUUUUUUCUAACUAAUUUUUUAUUAGCAUAAUUAAGUGAAUUUUCGCUUUGAGCCUGAGCUGCUUUAACUCCACCCCAUCACGACCCCUAUGUCCACAUUUGGAGUAUCUGAGUGUGGGCUUCGUCCACUUGGAGCUGGGUUUGCCCAUAGUAUAUAAAGUCAAUGGUUCAGUCCCAAGGACGCCACUUGGGAAACAAGCCCAGCUGCCUCUGUUUCAGCUUUGUUUUAGACAUACUGUAACCUGGAUGACAGAGAAUCUUCACAGACAGCCUCCAGGUGCAUCAAUAUUGGCUGUAUCACAAGCCAAAAUAGUCUUUUAUUACGCACACUUAAUUUGGAAUAACCUUAAAAUCUGAAAAUUUAGGACACAAAAUUAAUUAUUAUUUAAUGGAAAAAGGCUUCACUUUGCUCAAAGAUAGUAAGUAAAUAAGUAAUCUCUAACAACCACUCAACCAGAUUGAAUGAGCAGAGGGUUAGCGGUUUGAUCCCCGGCACAUGGACAGUAUGCUCUUGACCAACACAUUGAAUCCAAAGAUGCUGCUGGUACUCUGCCCUGAUUUAUAUGCGCGCUUGUGAACAAAUGGGUAGAUGUGUCACUGUGACUUGGAUGCCAUUAGGGAGAAAAGAGCUAUAUAAAUAAAAGAUCAUUUAAAACAAUAAACACCAUCUUUGUUUUCGAGCUUUUCCACGAAUACGCAUUAUCAAAAAAAGGGAGUUCCCCGUAUGAAGUAGGAUUGACUCAUUUAAGUCGUGUUAUUAACAAAUUCGUGUGAACAGGUGCAGUUAAUAUCUUUUUACUGUUGUAGAUUUGAAUAAGCUUGUGGGUGUUUGUGUCAAGAAAGCCUUUUAUGUCAUAUCUUUGCAUGCGCUCCUUUUAUAUGAAAAGCAAGCCUGCGGUUUUUGUUUUUGUUUCUGUCAUGGAAAAAGAAAACCCUGUUCACAAUCAGACUUAAAAAUCUUUUGAACAGGAAGAAGUGAUGAAAUGGUGUUCCUGCUGUGCACCCCUAAACAACUUUCAUUUAGCCAAGAGUUCUGUAGAAAAUGCUCGUACAGGAAGCAAACCAAACAUAGCCACAACUAUAAUCUGAAAAUCCUUUAAGCUCUUCAUUAUCCAGCUACAUGUUUCUUGCAUUGUUAAUCAAAUACAUAGUAUUUUUGCUAUUACCUGAAUGUGUACGUAGACUAGAUGAUGCUUGAUAUGCUUGAUAUGAAGUAUGCAUGUGCACUUGAGCUGCACUUAGAUAUGUUAGGAGGUUAAGUGACUGGUGUAAAUGAGAAGAGGGGAAAUGUGACUUCAUGAGAAACUGUGCAACAGCCAUUCUUGCAAAACAAAACAAAAAAAUUUCAAUGUAAAACCAUGUCCUGGUAAAUGAACUUUCAUUGUAUUCUUGUACUGUUUAUAGUAUCAAAUAAAAGUAAAUCCACAUGGAA